GACCUGACCGUGCGAAAUUUAGAAGAAAUUAUCAAUUCCAUCAACCUGAGGAGUAAGCAUUCUUCAUCGAGCUUUCUGGGCCUCCGGCGAAGUUCAAAGCCUUGGUUAAUACUUACAAGCAGUGAUCAUCAUCCAUCACAGCAAUACAUUGGUGGAAAAUGGCAGGAAACGGUGAAGCUCUGAAUGACAUAGAAAACCAGCGAGCCGAGCACAUUCCAUUGAUAACUUCAAUGGAAAAAGAGUUGAAAGAUUUGCCUAUUCUGUCCCCUUCGUGUUGUAUCUACAGAGUUCCCGAGCGGCUACGGCGUGUAAGUGAAAAGGCAUAUACACCUCAGGUUGUUUCUAUUGGUCCACUUCACCACGGGAAGGAUAGCCUAAAAGCAAUGGAAGUGCACAAAAAGAGGUACCUGCAAGCUUUUAUAGUUCAGACCAAGGCCAGCGUGGAGGAAUAUGUAGUGAAAAUGAAGAGCCAAGAAGAAAAACUGCGAAAUUGCUAUGCUGAAACUAUCGAGUUCACAAGUGAUGAGUUUGUGAAAAUCAUUUUAGUGGAUGCGGCAUUCAUCAUUGAGGUCUUACUGAGGUACUGUUUCCAUGCGUUGCAGGAUGAGAAUGAUCGCAUAUUUAACAAACCAUGGAUGUUACAGGAUGUAUGGCCUGACAUGCGUUUGCUUGAAAACCAGCUGCCAUUUUUCAUUCUUGAGGAACUCUAUGCUAAAGUUUCUUCUAAUUUUACUGAGGGUAAAUCAUUAAUUGAUCUUUCUCACAAUUUCUUCACAAGUCUGAUGCAUAUAGAGGGAACAGAAGACAAUUUGCAGAACAUAGACUCUUCUACUGUACAUCAUUUUGUUGCUUUCUGCAGAGACUUGUAUCUACCGUCACCACUAGAAAGGCCAGCUAAAGGAAAACUUGAAACUCUUAACACACCCAGCAUGACAGAUCUACAUCGGGCUGGAGUCAAGUUUAAGGUGAGAUCAAGCAAAAAUCUGUUUGACAUACGAUUUCAAGGUGGGAUGCUUGAAAUUCCAAAGUUAGCAAUAAGUGAUGAAAUAGAGCUUACGAUCAGAAAUAUCCUUGCCUUUGAACAAUGUCAUUGCCUGGAGAAUAUCAUCAAUGAUUAUGUUGUUGUCAUGGACCGUCUUGUGAACACCCCAAAGGAUGUGGAGUUGCUUGUUAAGUACGGAAUUGUUGAAAAUAGGCUAGGUGAUAGCUCCGGAGGGUCUACUUUGAUUAACAGUCUUGCUGAUGGGGUCAUUGUGGACUCCAAAGACUUCUGUUAUGCUACUCUUUGUAAAGACCUGAACUAUUACUGCAGUUGGACAUGGCACAAAUGGAAGGCGAAUUUGAGACAGAAUUAUUUCAACACCCCCUGGGCAGUUAUUUCUUUCACUGCAGCUGUUAUUCUUCUCGUACUUACUCUCAUACAGGCAGUGUGCUCCAUUGUCUCUGCUGUGCAAGGUCAGUCUAAACCAAAAAAAACAUGA